GAAAGACUGGCUGGGGGUGAAAAAACAACAGGAAGCUGACCGGUUCUAAUGCUGUUUCUGCAAAUCCUUCUCAGAUAAAGACACGGUCUGCCACGUCCCGGCGAAGCAACACUCACAUCGUAUAUGUUCUUUUAUCAUCACUUGAACUUCUGACAAUCUAAAGGACUUUAAGCUGAAAAUGUGACGUCACUUCUGCUCUCAGCCUCCGACAGACUGUGUGGUUAGUCAGAAUGUGAGCGGAUGCAGACGUUUGGGAGCUGAUUGCUGGGAUUUCUAUGUGGCUGCUUUUUUUUUGGGACCCACAAACUCAACCUUUUGCGGGGUCAUAUGGAUCGAUCCCUGUGCUGCCUGGGAUCUGUUUGUUUUAAUUAUCUGGAAGAUUAACUGGAGCCACAUGAAGAAUAAAGGGAAUAAGCUCAAGUCCAAAAAGAAAGGAAGUGAAAAUGCGUUCGGCUGUGACCUGAUAGAACAUCUCCAGAACUCAGGACAAGAAGUUCCUCAGGUUCUGAUUAAAUGUGCAGAGUUUAUCGAGGAGCAUGGGAUCGUGGACGGGAUCUACAGACUGUCGGGGGUCACCUCAAAUAUCCAGCGGCUCAGGCAGGAAUUCAGCUCCGAGGCGUGCCCUGACCUUACAAAGGAAGUGUACCUCCAGGACAUCCACUGUGUGGGUUCCUUAUGUAAGCUGUACUUCAGGGAGCUUCCCAAUCCUCUGCUUACAUAUGAGCUAUACAGCAAGUUCACUGAAGCAGCCACAGUCCAGGGGGAUCAUGCAAGACUUCUACACAUUCAGAGAGUCGUCAAAGAACUGCCGACCCCUCACCUCAGGACUUUGGAGUUCCUUACCAAGCACUUGACCCACCUUGCCACAUUAAGCAGCGAGACCAACAUGCAUACACGAAACCUGGCUCUGGUUUGGGCUCCAAAUCUUUUAAGAGCUAAAGACAUCGAGGCAUCGUGUGCGAACGGUGACAUGGCUUUCCAGGAGGUGCGGAUACAACAGUCAGUGGUUGAGUUCAUUCUAAACCACACACAGCAGAUCUUCAGCGGUGAUUCUGUACAAAUCAAACCCAAAGAAGGACCGAGUCUGAUGUGUGGAGAGAAGUAUGCCACGCUCCCGAUCAGUGGUCAGGGUGGGCCGAUGAAACUGAUGAGCCUGGAGGAAGCACAGGCCCGCUCCUUAGGUCCAAACCAUCCUGUGCAUAGAGAACGCCAGCGUGAAAACAGCCUGCCUGAUACCAGCACAGCCACGCUCUACCACACUGUCAUAGACAUAUCAGACAGCAAGAGGAAGUUUUCUGGGAAAUCAAAGAAAUGGAAAUCCAUCUUUAACCUGGGGCGCUCUGUGGACGUGAAGGGGAAACUGAGCAGGAAUGGCAGUGUGUUUAUAAGAGCACAGGGGAUAAAAGAAAAGGCAGCUCUUCGUCCGUCCAGGAGCAUGGAAUCCUUGUGUUCCUUACCAACAGAUGAUGACAGAACAGGAUCCAACAGUCCAUCUGGUAAUGCCGGCAGUAAUUUCAUACCGGAUGUAAAAUCCAGAACUCUGGGCUCUGACUCGCUCUACGACCUGAGUGAACACGAGCAAGGCUGGGAGUUUAAAGGGAGCAAAGCAGACGAGGCUACAGGGGGCUGGACCUCAAGCAUGAACCAAAAGGGCUCACCAGGUGCCUCUGCAGCCUCUCAGAAAACACUGCCAGAGCAACUGAAGGUGUUCAAGGGUGACGACCUCAGCAGCUACCGGCCCACCUCUCCCAAAAACAGGAGGAUGUUAUACUCAGGGUCCUCCCACAACAGCUCCUCUCGGCCCUCCUUCCCGGGAAACUUCUUUCCACUGGAGUCCUCGCCGAGGCAUCAGCGUAGAGCUGUCAACAUAUCUGAGCCUUUUGCUGUGUCUGUACCUCUGCGCGUUUCAGCCGUCAUCAGCUCCAACAGCACACCAUGUAGGGCGCCUGCCAAGGACAAAGCUGCUACUCUGAAACCCAAAGAGAGCUCGGAGCAGAGCAGCAGCAGCAGUGGAAAGAGCAACACUUUCCCUCAAAUGGAGCCCAAGAAGCAGGAAGGAACAGAGAAGAAAAACACAGAGGAGCCCGCCUCUGCAGUCCUGCUAGAGGGGACAAGCAAAGAAGUGGUGCAAGAGGAUCAAGGAGGGAUGAACAUUUCUAAACUGGAACCACAGUCACUUGAAUUUGCAGCACAAGGAAAGGAUGUAGCGCCAUCUUCUGGAAAAGAGAUGCAAAACCAGCUUGUAGCUGUGCAACUGGAUACAAAAUCUACUAAGAAAGAGUCGUGGUCUGACCUCAACCAGGAGCUGAAAAUAACCGAACCUGAUAUAGACCUGCUGGACGAGACUUUUAAACCUGUUUUUGGCUCCAAGAGCACUUGUGAGGUGGCAAGGUUAACGAUGGAUGUGAAGUCAAAGCGAAGCCGUAGCUCUCCAUCUCUGUCUCUCUUAUUUCGGGAGCAGGCUUUCAACACCUCUCUGAGUGAUCAGGCAAUCGCUACUGGAUCAGCUACUGCAAAGAAACUGCCCUCUGAGUCAGACAUUUCAUUUUCACUUCACACAAACACAGAAAGUGUCUGUGCUGCUGUUCUUUCAGACAGCAGAGAGACGCUGCAACCAACAACUGCACCCUCAAGUAAGGAUGGUGCAGCCAUUGUCGAACAGAGCCAACUUCCUCCAAAGGAAACUUGUUGUUUAGAUAAGAUUGUAAUACCUUUGACAACAAAGGAAACCCCGGCUGUUGAAGGCUCCUCAGCAGCAGGCAAUACUGACAAACAAUCAAGCAAACACGAAAGCCCUCAAAGUGACACAAACUUGUCCUGUCAUGGAGCAAAGAAGAUGGAAGGAAUCCCUGCGCUGGAACUGAUUCAGAGGCUGUCUGUGUGUUUGGAGGAGAAGCGUAACACCUUGGAGCUUCCACUGCUGGAUCACGACGAAGGUAGCGGAAGAAACUCAGAGGAGCUGGAUUUGGUGGAGCCCUGGGAUGAUUUUAGCUCCAACAAGCAGUGGGUCACCAGUCCUCUCCACUCACCUGACAUAGAGGAGCUGUUUCAGAAGAUGUCCCCCUUCAACUCACAGGGGGAGCCUCAGGAGGGAAAGAUCUCAUCUCCUUCAGUUUCUGAAGACAAACAAUCCGCCAUUAAGAGCACUGAACACUUAAAUAAAUGGACGUAUAUGCCAUCAGUACCCACACGGGUUCGUGCAAACAGCAAUACUGAAAUACAAUUUCAUGCAGGCAAAAGCAGCACAACAAAACAGAAGAAUACAGCAUCAUCUCAGAGGUUCUACAGACAGCUGUCUCAUGAGGCCGCUGCUUCAGAGAAAAGAGAGGAAGGCUGCUACUCGAAACAUCGGCCAUACUCCCUUAAUUUAGAUCUGGGGCAGAGAUGCAUCAGGGACAUUUCUAAUCAGCAGAAUCGUAACUCAUCAGAGUUCACCUCUUGUAAGAAAGGAUUACAGAUCUCUUGUGGGGCCGUCAACAACGGGAUGCCUUCAGAGCUGGAGUUGUUUCUGAGCGAUAGGCAAGCCCCCCUACGCAGAAACUCAGCCCCAGUCAGUGUGACGUCAGUGAGAACAGCCUUCAUGAUAAAAACAUGCCAGGCCAAAGCUGUGCCUGUCAUCCCUCCAAAAGUGCAGUACAGUCAGAUACCUCCCUCCAGACAGGAGAGUGAUUCCAAAGCAGUGAAGGAACAAGAAAAGGAGCGUCCUAAAAUGAUCGCAGAGAAGAGUAACAGUCUGCCUCCUCCGAUGAUGUCAGAUCUAAAAGAGGAGCUGGAGAAUAAAGAGCCUGUUCAUAAAAAACACACAAAUGUUGGGAAUGGUGCAGAUUCUGUGAAAACCACGUCAACUACAGAGCUGCCGGUCAUAACCAGAAGACACCCGCCCAGUCUGGAGGUGUUUGUAGAUUGUCCCAGACCCACCAGAGGGAAUGUCUUACAAAGACCGUCCUUCAGGAACAGACAGAGACCUCAGAGUCUCAUCCUGCUCAGCCCCCCUUUCCCCAUCAUGGACUACCCACCGUCAGGAGACGACGGGAGGAUCCUCUCGUCCAUUAAGAGUCUGAGCGACGCAUCAGCAGGGAACAUGUUCACUAAAGAGAUGGCUGAGAGUUUCAGGAUGCCGGAGGGGAUACCUCUUCAAAAUAAAAUGACUCUUCCAAAAAGUGGACAGAGACUAGAAACAUCGACCAGCUGCUUCUACCAGCCGCAGAGGAGGUCCAUGAUAUUCGACAGCAGGAGCCACCGACAGAAUGAGUGACUAGAGCUGCGGACUCUGAGAACGAGUGUAUGUACAUAGACAUGGAAUAGAAGGAAGGUUAUUGUGGAAACUGAAGGGAGGGUGAUGUGGAAGUCUGAAGUUUUGUUUGCCAUGAGUCCAGUGUUUCUAAAUGAAUGCAGGACUUUUUUAACGAUGAGGUCAAAAGAAUGUGUCAAGAUUAAUUUAAAAGACAAUUAAGAUCAUCUGUUGCCCCUAAUGUUUUUACUUCUAUUAUUCACUAACCCAGAUUUUAUUUUCACAAUCAGAGGAUUCAUUCUCUGCUCUAUAAAAUAUGAUCGAAGCAUUUAAGUUUGCCACCACAAAUUCACAAUGCCUAGCAAAAUCAAAAAUAAGAAUCAAACAAAUAAGAAAGAAUAGUCAAUAUGAUACAAAACAAAUAUCAUGUUGGUUCGUUUUAAUAUUUUUUUGUGUCUGUCUCAUUUACGCAUUUUGUUGCUGCAAAACCAGACGGUCAGCAGAAACACUGACGAAUAAUAUUGUCAAAACCUUCAAUGUACUGUAGCUCAAACUCAACAAACUGAACUUUUUUUUACAGUAUACAAGGUCCAGCUAAACUCCAUGCAAAACUGCUUGCAUGUCUUUACUACUACACACAUAUAAACAGUGCAACUACAACAGAUAUUACAACUGUAGUAUGUUUUAUCAAUUUCUAGGGGUGAGUUUUAGCAAGAACCUCACGCUACAAUACGCAUCACGAUACUUGGGUCACGAUACGAUAGCAUCAUGAUAUACAGUUGUGCUCAUAACUUUACAUACCCUGACAGAAUUUAUGGUUUCUUGGGUAGUUUCUGUUGUCUUUAUGAUAUAAAAAGAGUAAACACAGUUGUUUGAUAGAAAUUUUGCUUUGUCCAAACAAUAACCAUGAGUGGAAAAAAAGUUUUUCUCUUGUCAUACAUAUUCUCUGAAAAAUGGCCAGAAGAAUCACAAAUUCUGCCAGGGUAUGUAAACUUAUGAGCACAACUCUAUCACGAUAUCACAAUAUUGGGAUAUAUUGCGAUAUUCUACACAGUUAACUCAGAAAAAAAUAGAGAUGGUGUAUAUGUAAAUCAUACAAUAUAACUCAAAACUGAAAGGACAAAUUAAGUCAAAACAAUUUGAUUGACAACAACCUUUCCAUUGUAUUGUUUUGGAAAAAAAUGUGAUUUUUUAUUUUUUACAAAAAAUCGCGAUAUUUUGCUACAUCGAUAUUUUUUCACACCUCUAUCAAUUUCUGUCCAAACCUAUGACAGUGUGUCUAAGUUACUGUCAAAGAAUCAAUCGAUCAAUCUUUAUCUAUAUACCGCAAAAUCACAACAAAUGUUAUUUCAAGAUGUUUUUACAAACACAGCAGAGUAGACCAUACUCUGUGUUAUAUUAGUAACAAAGACCCAACAUCAAGACAGGGUAAGACUCAGUCUGAUCUUAAUCCACCAUGAGUAAAGCACUUUGCAACAUUUAGCAAGUUACAGUUAAAUGUCCCUUUAACAGGCAGAAACCUCGAGCAGAACCAGACUCAUGUUCGACAGCCAUCUGCCUCAACCGAGUUACAACACAGUAUUUCUAACUCUUCCUCUAACUAACGCUAACGUGUUACAGCUUUUAUAGUCAUCAACUGUUUACUUCAAAAUAAGCUGCUGUGAGGCAACAACAAUCUGAACAUUUUUCAUUAAACCAAAGGGUUUACCUGCUUAGAUAUGUUCCUUCUUCAUCAUCCCUUACUAAAGUUACAUGUACACUUUUCACUGAAACACAAGUCACCAUUUAUUUAGUGAAGCACCAGAAACUGGGACAACACAUUGCUUGCAUCAAAUCAGAGGCCUCAGUUUUUUAUGUUUCUGCAGAAUGUCAAUCUUGAUUCUACAAUGGCAAACACAAUCAGGAAGAGUUUGUAUCACAGACAUGUUUGUUUGGGCUGAAGUUAUGCUCAAAUAUUUAAAACGUUGAAUACAGGAAGUGUACAGGGAAGGUGAACAGAAGACAAAAUUGUAAACUGUAUGACUGAGAAAACAGGAGAUUAUUUUAUUUAUUCCUUUAUUAACACAUGAUAAAAAGUCAACUUGAUACCUAUAGGUAUACUGUAUGUUGGCUUUGUGACAGGCUAAUGUCAAUGUGAACUAAUAUUUAAAAAGAUAAGUUCUUCUUUUAAAUAUAUCUCAAGCCUUUUUGAAAGUAUUAAGCCACAGAAGGACUUGCAUUCAUGUGUAUCUGUAUUUUCUGUAAGGACUUUGUGUUUCAUGGCAUUUUUUUACAUUUGUAUGAAUUUUGAAUGCAGUGUGUAAAGAUAACUGGAGGUUGAGUGUGAGUGUGUGCGUGCACGCUGACUGUAUUUGGUGGUGCUUGAGUCAAAGUCAGACGAUGAUCUCUCCAGGUUUCUGUCUCUCUUUUUUUUUACAUGUUACAAACACGGGAUCUGAUGUAUUCACCUUUGUGCUAUUUGUGGGUGAGCUCCCAGAAACAUAACAGAGUUGGGAUGUCAAGAAGUGUAUUCUGUCACAGUGUUUUUCUUUCUUUUUUUUGUAUACUGGUGUUUGGAUGGACUGGUUGAAUGAGAAGUGUUUUAUCAGACACAAUUUGUUUUGUAACUGUUGUAUAAUACUGAAAAUGAGAAACUGUAUUCAUAGGAAAAAGAAGUGAACUGAGAAAUGUAGGUUUACCUUCUACCAUCUGAUGACAGCAUCUGAGGUGAUGUACAUAAGACACAUGAUGAUUUUUGUUACAACAGAAAGUUAUGGGAAUAAAAAGUUUGGAAAAUGACA